AUGGGCAUCAGCAGCAACCACAUCAGCAGCAGCAGCAGCGGUAGCAGUAGCAGUAGCAGCCAGGUGAAGCGACAGGGCUAUAGAAUGUGCGUCCGCAGCUCUGCCACUGACAAAAAGGGAUCAACCCCCCAGUUGCCAAGCGCGAUCCAGAGAGUGCAGGGGUUGCGAUGUGAUGAUCGCCCACACAAGCCGGGCGCCGAAAUGAAUCGUGAGGCACAGUUCGGCCUCUGUGAUCUCAGAGUAAAGCGAGCACAACGCGCCGCGGACUUUGUGGCUGUGGCACGGGAAGAAGCCGAGAUGAUGCGCAUCCAAGAACGAUAUUAUUCACGCAUCACUCCACAAACUUCCAAUGCUUCUUGGGUUGCUGUCAACUCGGCCAUACUGCGCUUUGCCAUCUAG